AUGGGAACCACAGGUUGUAAUGGAUCAGUGGACUCCUCCACCAUCUUCUACCUCAUGGGCAUCCCCUCUCUGCCCAAAUCCCUUUUCCUUCCUAUCUUCUUUGUCUUUCUCCUCCUCUAUCUGCUCAUCCUGGUGGGUAAUGCCCUGAUCCUGGUGGCUGUGGUGGCAGAGCCCAGCCUCCACAAGCCCAUGUACUUCUUCCUGAUAAACCUCUCCACCUUGGACAUCCUUUUCACCACAACUACUGUCCCCAAGAUGCUGUCCCUAUUCCUGCUGGAAGACCGCUUCAUCAGCUUCCCUGCCUGCUUCCUACAGAUGUACCUGUUCCACAGCUUCUCCUGUUCUGAAGCCUUCAUCCUGGUGGUCAUGGCCUACGAUCGCUAUGUGGCUAUCUGCCGCCCACUGCACUACCCUGUACUCAUGACCCCACAGACCAAUGCUAUGCUGGCGGCCAGUGCCUGGCUCACCGCCCUCCUCCUGCCCAUCCCAGCAGUAGUACAGACCUCCCACAUGGCAUUUGGUCUUGUGGCCCAGGUCUACCACUGCUUCUGUGACCACUUGGCUGUGGUCCAGGCUUCCUGCUCUGAUACCAGCCCCCAGACCUUCAUGGGCUUCUGCAUCGCCAUGGUGGUGUCUUUCCUCCCCCUUCUCCUGGUGCUCCUCUCCUAUGCCCACAUCCUGGCCUCGGUGCUUCACAUCAGCUCUCAAGAAGGACGGUCCAAAGCCUUCUCCACCUGUAGCUCCCACCUCCUGGUGGUGGGCACCUAUUACUCAUCCAUUGCCAUUGCCUAUGUGGCCUACAGGGCUGACCUGCCCCUCGACUUCCACAUCAUGGGUAAUGUGGUAUAUGCCAUUCUCACACCUGUUCUCAACCCUCUUAUCUACACGCUGAGGAACAAGGAUGUCAAAGCAGCCAUCACCAAGAUGACAUGCUCCCAGGAACCAAAGAAUGCUGGGAAACCCUGAUUCAAAGGGGUAACUUGAUCUUCUCUCAGAAACAUCAACAUGGAAAUGUGGGAAAUUCAGGCAGCCAGGUAGUUAGAACAAUAGUUCUCAAAAUAUAGUCUUAGAUAUUCCUCCACUGUAAUCAAAUAAUGAUAUCUUUUCUUAAUUCAUAGACGAAUUGAAUAGG